AUGGGCAAUUGUUGUAGUUCUCGAAAACCUCUUCCCGCAGAUCACUCUUUUGACCAAUUUGAUCCAAAUGGACUCUACAUGUGCCUUUUUCAUCCAGAGAAUGGAUCACCAGAAUACCGGGCACUAUACCUUCACAAAGGAUACCACCAAGGAGAAAAAUACGUACUAGAUCUGUGCAAAUCCGGUAAUACAUGGGGGUACAAUGAAACGGUCAUUACUUCUAAGAGCCUUCUCGUUGCUCUCAAACUAGCCAUAAUUCCGCUACAUAACCACCAAAAUGUGGUUAAUACCGUACGGCAAAUAUAUAAUCAACAAGGUGGAGGAGCUUUGAGCCAAUACUGGGUGGGACAAGCUCUCUCGGAACUUAUGAGGGUGGGGAUUAUCAACACUUCAUCGGAGGAAUUGUCACACAUGCAAGAAGAAGCCUACAAGUUAUCUGAGAAAGCUGUGGGAGGUAGCAAAUGCGUUGUAGACAUCGGUAGACAUUGUAGACAGUAG